AUGCUUUUUUUCAACAACUUUCAUUUUCUUUCUUCUUCCAUCCACAUUGCCUUUUUUCUUCCUUCUUUCCACUCAUUUUACUCUCUUCCUUCCUUCCUUCCUUCCUUCACUUUUUUAAGCUCCGCCUUUACGUCGCAUUAUAUUUUUUUUUACAUAUUUUCUUUUCUUUCUUUCUCAUCCAUUUCUCUAUCGCUCUCAAAAUCUUUCCUUCUGAUUCUUUUUUUUUUUCGAUCCCCUCCCACUUUUUUUUUUUUUUUUUUUUACAUAUUUUCUUCUCUUUCUCAUUCUUUCUUUUUACAAUCUCUUUUCUCGUCUCGCCCAUCUUUCUCAUUCUGUGUCUGUAUCAUUCUUUUUCUCUCUCGCAUUCUUUCCUUUUCAUUCUGUUUCUCUCACCCAUUAUUUCCUUCUCAUUCCUUCUCUCUCUCUCUCUCUUUCUCAUUUUUCUCUCUCAAUCUUUCUUGCUUUUUGAUUCUUUCUUUCUCGACCUCCUCUUUUUUUUUUUUUUUUACAUAUUUUCUUCUUUUUCUUAUCUUUUCUCUUCACAAUCUUUCUUCUCGUCUCGCCCAUCUUUCUUCCCACUCUCUCAAUCAAUCUUUUCUUUCUUUCUUGUUAUUUUAUUUUCGUUCAUUUUUCUUUAUACUUUUGCUUAUUUCUUUAUACUUUUGCUUAUUUCUUUCGACAUUGUCUCUGUUUCUCCUUCAUUUAAAAAAUUCUUUCUUUAGUCUUUUUUCAUUCAGAUUUUCUUUCUUUCGUCUCUCAGCCUUUCUUUCGCUUUUCCAUUCAGUCUUCAAUUUCUGUUGUUUUUCUUUCGUUCGACAUAUUUUUUUUUUUAGUCUUUGUUUUUAG